AUGCUAGAACCUGAAGAAUCUAGCAUCUCGGCAAGAUCAGAGGGAGGUGCAACAACCUUAUCUGGAACCAUGCAGCUUUUAUCACAAUACAAUGAUCAUACCCAGGAAAGAGACAAGAGCUUAGAGCAAGUAGAAGAUCGGGAACAACAUGCAGGGCAGGCGGAUUACGACGAUCUUUUCAAAGAAAAUGUCAAGUUGAAACUUCAGUUAGAAGAGUAUGAAACGGAAAUCAUUAGCCUGAGGAAAUUCAUCGAAGUCUUGAAGAAUAAUCGAGGACUCUCUCCCGACUCAAUUGAACAAAAGCUUCUUGUUGACGAGCCACCCAAAGAGCCCACACUCCCGCCUCGAUCAGCGGAAAGGAAGCGGAACACGAAAGGUCUUUCGCUAAAUGCACCAAGUGAGUUACAUGGGUCAGACUUGAAGACCCGCCAUCUUCUCUCCCCCGCCGAUCCUGUUCCGCGCGGGAAGUCUUCAAUUAAGUCAAAUCCUACAGUGCUUCCGAAACCGCAAGAUAAUGACCCUCUUCUCUCGCCCCGAGAGCUUGAUCGCAUCCGCAGAUCCAGUUCGUCAUAUUCGAAUAUGAUAGCGGCCAGUCCUGCUACUUCCAUGGCCUAUACAACCUCCAGAAUCUCGCCAUCCAAGAGUAAUAAGCAGGGUGCUAAAGAUGAUGAGCAGACUACUCUCGCUUCAGAGAGGAGCUCUCUCAGCAGGCAAGAGUCAAAAAUUGGUGGCACACCGAUACGGGAUACUGUAAGCUCACCCUUACGACAGACAUUUGGGGGGAACAUGCAGCAAGCACUUGGAGAUAAUCCUGCAAGUAAGUCGUAUCCAAAGAGUCCUGUUCCCAACCUGCUCGCUAACGAAAGGGGAAACCUUGAUUUCUCUCCGUCAUCCAAACAAAAUUUGAACAACUUUGCUGAGAUGUUGGAAUCGAGCUUCGAGAACCAAAAUUCUGCUGCUGUGGAUAAUGGGCCUUCAACCAGACGAAGCGCUUCUCCAUUCUUGGGUUCUCCCGUUACCUUAAAGAAGCCUAUGAAAUCGCCACUGUUAAGCCCAAAUGCACAAACUCGAAUGAAGUCAUUACAGUUUUCUGCAGACGAGCGACCUCCCACAAAUCUCACGUCACAAACCUUGCUUUUUCCUGAUCAAUUUUCCCCAAGAUCUUUUAGCAACCGGAGUUUUCCUACAGCACCAAAUCCAAGCGGUGCAUUCACCGCUCAGAUAAACCGGGAAGGCUCUACAAAAUCAUUAACUGACUCCCAAAGUGUCGUAUCGGACAUCCCAUUAUUCAUACAGCCUGCAGAGCUGGACAGUAUAAGAAUCGAUGUUAUUUCGACUUUUCACAGAGAUCACGACGCGCUCGAUGAUGUUGAUAAUAUUCUUUUUAGUGUUAUCGACAAAAAGUCCAGCCAAGAGAUGUUCCGCUUUUCCAAGACAAUUGAUCGAAUCUAUGAACUAGAUGUUUACUUGAAGUGUCAUAUGGACACCAUCAUAUUGCCACCGUUACCCGAGAGACAAUAUUUUGAGGCCACUUCCCCAGUAAAAGUCGAUUAUAGGAGAGAGAAGCUCAACGACUACUUCAGUUGCCUCUACAGUUCCCCACAGCUUCCUCCUUCCGUGAGGCUGAAAAUGGCAAAAUUCAUCAGCACGGAUACCGUAAUGAACCCCCCUACCGGCGAUUAUGCCAAAGAAGGUGUUCUCUUACUACGUAAAAGCAAGACUUUAGGUACUCCAAGCAGCUGGCGUGUUGUCUAUGCCGCUUUACACGGAGGAUGUCUAUCAUUUUUGGACAAGGGCCACGUAACGGAGAAUAUCAAAUUACAGCAUGCAGUGAUCGAAUUGCAGGCUAAUUUACCUGACGACAAACAUGGGACCAAAAAUGGCUUUAUUGUCGUCGUUCCAAAAAAAGGUGGACUUUCCAGUGGGACAAAAUAUUACUUCUGCUGUGAGAGUCCUAGAGAAAGGGAAUCUUGGAUUUCUAACCUAACUGAAUUUGUAGAAGUUUCCGCAGCGACAAGUUUUUCAGUACACAACAAGUCUGAGAAUUCCAGUGUAUUGGACCAUUCCUCUGUUGGCAACGACACGUCUACCGACAUAGCGCCGAGCUACUUAGGUCCUAUGGCAAACUUGCAGGAACCUGUCACUGCAGCUCCUACACAAGGUUCAGACGUCAAUAUCACUGAUGAAGAGAGAGAGUCGAAAAGAAGCAGAAUGAGGAGUUUUUUUCCUUUCAAGAAAGCCAGCUCGCAGACUCCCACACAUUCAGAAUUUUCGCACAGCAAUGGUAAUGAGAGGGGAGCUUCAACCACAGCAACUAAUGAACUGUCUAUCGAAAAAUCCUUGCAGGCCAUGGAUUUGAACGCCGAACCUGCAUCUGAUAAAGUUUUCGGUUCGACUUUGGUCAACUGUCUGUCUUUGAGUUCACAUUUGUAUCAAGGAUCCUAUAACGUUCCGAGUAUUGUCUACAGAUGCAUGGAAUAUUUGUAUCGCAACCAUGGGAUAGAGGAAGAGGGAAUAUUCAGGAUUAGCGGCUCCACCGUCCUUAUUAAAUCACUCCAGGAGCGAUUUGAUAGAGAUUACGAUGUGGAUCUUUGUGAUUUCAACAAAUCUGUGGCUACAGGUAACAACGAAAGCAGCUAUACAUCUGGGCUUGUUGAUGUCAAUACCGUGACGGGGUUGCUUAAGCUGUACUUACGGAAACUACCACACUCAAUUUUUGGAGACGACAUGUUUAUAGAGUUCAAAGAAGUGGUAGACUCAAAUUUGAGGAGUCCUGGCCAGAUAGCACUAGAGUACCGUCGGCUGAUUAAUUCCAACGAAAUGCGGAAUGAGAAUUUGUCAUUGAUCUACGUUUUGUUCGAGCUGCUGGUGAAAAUCAACCAAAAAAGUGCAAUUAACAAGAUGAAUCUGCGAAACCUUUGCAUUGUAUUCUCGCCGACUCUAAAUAUCCCUGUGAAUGUAAUCCAGCCUUUUGUUGUUGAUUUCAAUUGUAUUUUCAAGAACGAUGAUCCCAUCAGCGAAGCUAUGAGAGAGGAAUUAGAUGUCAACAUCCCUCAACUAUAG